CGCAUGUGAGUGGGAUUUUAUGAAUUAUGCAAAUUUGAGCAGUUGUUCCUCUCCUCGGAUGAGAGGCUAGAUCCAGGAUAGCCGAGGAGUUCUGUUGUUCCUAAUAUAGGCGAACAUAAGUUUUUUUGUUGUUGCUACGGAAUAUAUCAGACGAGAAUGACUCGUUUUGUUUUGCGUGAUUAGAUGGCGGCGCUACAUCUCUGAAUUAGGAUGUUAUAGGCCAGGAAGUUAAGAAAAGCCGGUAGUGUUUAAGUGCAGCAAACAGUUUCGCCGGUCGGGGCUGCUCUUUGUCUGAUACAGAGAGCAGUCAACGCGUGCUCUUUUGUUUGGGGGUUUGUCAUUGUUUAACUGCAAACGGGCGAUCUUUGUUAUCGUUUAGGCCUCCCGAGGUUGAAAUAUUUGUUUUGAAACAUGCACCACAUGAAGAAAUAUUUCACCGAGGGACUCAUUCAGUUUACGAUUCUGCUGAGUUUGAUAGGAGUUCGUGUGGAUGUCGACACCUAUUUGAGCGGCUACUUCUCGCCGUUGAUAGAAACAGACGGAGGGCCGAGCUCGGCUUUCAUACAGACCCCGUUUCACCAUUACCGGGACACAGCGGCGGGCCAUCAGGUGCAUCCGAAAUGUCCCGAGCUGGACUAUUUUUUCACCAGCCGCAGGCUCUUGAAUGAAGUGCGCGCGCUCGGGUCCCCGGCCCGCUUCCCCACGCGUGUCAGCGCAUGGCUGGUGCACCUGGUGCCUGAUGAUGGCUCUGAUGCAGGUGAGGCACACGACCUGUCAGGGGACCCUGGUGAUGAGGAGGUAAAUGCCGAAAAUCACCGGGAAGAGGAUAAUGAGCACAGGGCUGGAGAGGUCUUCGGUGUGUCAGUUUCUCAGGACCUCACUGUUUCCAGGCCUUGCUGUGGAACUGGAGGACUUUCCAAAGAGGAAACUUCACUAGACCAAGUGAAUGAGGAGGAAGAGGAGGUGAAAGACGAGAGGGGGCAGGAGGAAACCAGCCCUGCUACGCUGAACCAGCUGACUCAGAGUUCUGCGUUAGAGCAGGAGGAUUUGCUGGGAAGUAGUACCCUUCCUCCACCUCUUUCUGGGCUUGAGCUUCCUCCACAGUGGCAUGACUUCCUCUCUGAAUUUGAUGAUUUGGACUCCAUAGUCCCCCAACGCAUGUCAGACUUAGAAGCUGAGCUUCCUAAUCCCAUCAGCUAUGACGUAAGCCUUCAAGAUGCAAUGGUUACUGGAGGAGAGUCAGUUAAUAGUAGGCCUGCAUCUUUCCGAACACCCCUCUUCCGUCUGGAGUCCACAAACUCUUCUCACUCAGACCCAUCUCAGAGCUCAGCAGGGGCACUUCCUUCAAUGCUCUUCUCUUUGUCUGGGAACAGCUCUCGUAAUGAAACCUCACCUUCGCAGAUGGGAGGCUAUCUAGAUGAGGCUGUUUUUGACCACAUCAAUAUGUUGGAUCUGGAUAAUCUUGGUACAAUCGACCCUCAGAUGCUGGGCGGCAUGCAAGGGGACAUGGACACUCCAUGGCCUGAGGAUUCAGAUUCUGGCCUGUCUUUGGAGAGCAGUUCAAGGAGCCCCACAUCCCCGUCUACAUCAUCCGAUUCAUUUUGUGAGGAUGAAGGUGGAGCUACAGGCUAUAGCAGUGAAGUGGAGUCUCUUUCGCCGAAAGGCGGAGCUUGUGCAGCCGCUUAUCGUGAUUGGUCACCUGUAAACCUCAUGGAAAACAUCUGGCACGAUCAUUCCUAUUCAGCCCAACAAGUGCAAAAUUCUACGACAUCUAGCUGGUUCACAGCAAUCAAACAGGAAGUGAUGAGCGAAGAUGAGGCUGAACCAGAAGAGAUGAGUCGUGACGAACAUCGGGUGCAGGCGUUGGGUCUUCCGUUUUCAGCCUUUCAGAUUGUCAACAUGCCAGUAGAAAACUUCCUGGAGCUGCUGGACAGCCAGAAUCUGUCAGGAUCAGAAGUCUCUCUCUUGCGUGACGUGCGCAGACGAGGUAAAAACAAGCUUGCUGCGCAGAAUUGCCGCAAGAGGAAACUGGAUGCGAUCCUGACCCUGCAGGAUGAGGUCGAGGGCCUGUCGGUGCAGCGGGAUGCUCUUCUGCGCCAGAGAUCCCACACAGCCAAAGCACUUUCUGCUGCUGCAGAGCGGUUCGAAAUGCUCUCGCAGACUGUGUUGAGCCAACUUCGGGAUGAAUAUGGACAUCCACUGAACCCUGAGCACUACAGACUGCAGUGCAGUGCUAACGGACGGGUGAUGGUUCAGCCUCGCACAAACACAACGUCAAGGACAAUGACAAGUAGCAAGAUGGUGAAAAGAAAGAAGGACAAGAAACCUUAAAGACUUUUUGAGUGUGUGCGUGUGCAUGCGUGCUUGUGUUGACACAAAUAUUUCUAUGUUUUCUGAGUUUUUAUGCUUGAGAUAAGAUAUUAUGGGGCAUUUCUGGCUCUUCUUUGUUCCUAAAAGCCAUUCGAAACUCAAGUGGAGGCAGAGAGACUGUAAUAAAUAGUACAUUCGGAGCAUAGGAGAAGCCUUGUUUAUUUGCAGGAGAGAAUGUACUGAAAACACUGGACGUUGUGAAUAGUAAGAGUGUGUAUAAAGAGUAUUUCUAAAGAGCACAUUUGAAAAUUAAAAUUCAUUUUGCUUUUUUUUUACUGUUAAUUUAAAUGGCAAGUUACUAAGUAAAGAUUUUUUUGCAUAUGGUCAUUAGAGGACCAUGUUGAUCAAGUCUGAUCACCAUUUCUUGCUGGAAUGAGCUUAAAAGGGCUUCUUGUGUUUUAUCACUCUCAUUUUGAUCCUACUCUGUGGUUUGUUGUCAUCUUUUGGAGAUGAAUUUUGGAACAACAUGAGGGCGAGUAAAAUUUUUGUGUUAACUAUCCCGCUAAUAUGAGGAACCCUUAAUUUCAACUAUUUGCAGACAUCAGAAUCAAACAACUUUGCAUUACCUUCAUAACUGUGUGUACAUUUCCUCACCAUUGAGAAAUAAAACGAUUUGUAAUAUGAUUUUGCAUCUGUGACAAACCGUGAUCACUCUGGUUAAAUUUUUCCUUUACAUUUACAUUACUGUCACUUACAUUUGCAUUUUACGUUUAUACACUUGCUUAACAAGAACAAUUGUAAUGCAUUCUUAUAGCUUUUUAUUAAAGGGCAAUGAGUUUGGAAUGCAGAUUUGUUUUUAGUUUGGUUUUCCUUUUGGGUGUUUUUUUUAUUUUAUUUUUUUUUUAAAUCUUUGAAAUAAAGUCACAGUAAAAACACCAAAUAAAAUGGAAGUAAUUAAAUGAAAAUAUGGAAUUGGUGAGUUUAGUUCCACCUCACAGCACAGUUACAUGAUUUGGAAAAGACAAGUACUGCAUUGGUUUAAUGACAAAUGAAUUAGUGUGUAAAGUAAAACAGGGCCCAAAUAAAUUAACCCUUCAAAUGAACAGGUUUAUAUCUAUUGGCAGAGCAGUUUGAUUUGUGUUUCUGAGGAGUAGCUGCUUUUCUUUUUUCAGUUUUUCUAUUAUGUGUGUUUUUGAGCAUUUAUUUGUAUGUUUGUGUGUAAGGGUUUGGAAAACAUUAAUUUUACACAGGGAUGUUCAAAAUCUCUUUUAUAUCUUUUAAAAUGAAUAAAGGAGGAAAAAUUAAUUGA